CGGUAUUACAAGAGGCCUUUGGGUUCUCUCAAGUUUCGGCGAGUCAUGCUUGAGGCUUAAUGGAAGAGGUGUCUUUGUCUGUAAUUCGCAAGGCAAAGUUAAGCCGUGUGCCGAAUAUCAAGAUUUCCAAUCAUCGAGAGACCUUAAUGAUCUACGUGAGCUUUUGUACACAACAAUUGUAUACCCGUUCCGCGAAGUAGGUGAAUGUAUUGAUGCAAUUGUGAAAAUGGGGGAAAUCGGAGGUGAAUAUUCUCUAGAUCUGGAGAUGCAAUAUUUUUUUUUUGCUCACCCGUGGAAAAUAUAU